CACAUCAAUUCUCAUCGCGAUGAUGAGAGGCCAUUCAGAAUCUCACUCUAUAACCCUGGAAGUAGCUCUGAAUUAAAUCCCAAACACUAUUCUCAUUGCUUGUGUCUAACCAUCUCACACACUGAGUGUAUGACGCAACUGAGAGCCUAUGGAGCCGUCUCAGAGACGACGUGCAGGAUGCACUGAGUGCAAGAGGAAGAAGGCAAAGUGCGAUGAGAAGAGGCCCUCCUGUUCACGAUGCUACAAAUACCCUCACCUAUGCUCAUAUGAGUUAAGCGUCAAGAACUUCAGAGUGGUGAAACGGAAGCCAGCGAAUAAUACCCAGAUCACGACAUGGCCAUCUUCAACCGGCGAGAUAGCUAGUGAACGACAAGUGUCUCUGGCACCAAGCUCAGUUGUUACCCCCAACCAACUCAUUUCUUAUACCAACACAUCCGACACGUUUGAGAGCGACUUUCUUUCACAAUCAAUACUAAACGACUCUUCUGAAUUCCUGUUUUCCUUUCCUGCAGCGAGCCCACCAAGGCUCAGUAUCUCCCUCUGCCUUCCAUCCAGCCCUCCACUCCGGUCUGAUCCUCGGCGUAUCUACUUCCAGCACUUUGUAGCCCAUACAGCAACAGUAUACUGGCCACUACAACCGGACAUGGCUCUAAGCUUGAUUCUACCAGCCGCUGAUCUCAGCCCCUGUAUAAUGGGGGCAAUGAUCGCCGCCAGCAGCAGCCAACUCUUCAGAAUGGUGCGAAACCCAGAGUCGAAGAGUGCAGCAAUAUCGGCGACUGUAGAGUGUCUGGGAAGCCUACGAGAAGCAAUUACUUCACCGGGAUUCGGCGACCUUGGGGUGACUAUACUGCCGACAACGUUGAUGCUGGCCACAACAUGUGUUUGCGCGGGGGAUACUACGACCUUUCGGAAGCAUCUCAACGGGGCUCUUCACAUUGUUCAGCGCGACAAAACGAAGUAUAGUCUGGACCCUUUAUGGUGGAUGAGUCUCAAGUGGCUCGUUCACAUGCUUUUGAUGAAUAGACUGUCAGGCCUGCCCCUACCUUCACGGCAGACGAAAGGGUUCAUUGACUGGGAAUACCUUUUGACAUGUAUGCCUGACUUGGGUCGCAUUGAUCUCACCUCUGGCUUUUCUCGUGAGCUGGUGACUGCUCUCAAUAGGGUGUGCGAGCUAUCUGAGCCGCGUUGCUUGGAUAUCGAUGCAAGUGGCCAAUUGCAUGGAAAUGGCCUAGCACGCAGUGCAAUUUCUCACGAACUUGAACUUCAAUUAAUCGAGCUUCGGAAGAAGACCGCUUCAACAGUAACAGACACGGUGCUCCGGACAGAACUAGAAACCAGCCACAGACUGUUCACUGAUGCAACGCUACUAUGUCUCUACAGACGAGUUGACGAACUACCCAAGGACAAUCUCAAAGUUCAAACAGCAGUGAAAUCUAUCAUCAACUCAUUACAGAAUAUUCACAAACAGUCCCCGGUUCACGCUCAGCUCUUGUGGCCACUUUUUGCAGCAGGCUGCGACUCAACGGCUCAUGCCGAACGUACCAUUGUUGUAGAGACGAUGGAGAGCAUGAUUGCACGGGGAUUAGGUAGCUGCGAAAAUGUCCUCGAGUUCAUGAGGGAUUAUUGGAAGAAUGGAGGUGAUAUGAGAUGGGACUUGUUCGCCAAGCAAACAGGAAAAGACCUCGUACUGUUCUGAUGUCGUCAAUGCAGUAAUGAUGUGAAUAACACCGAACUUAUAAAUGCGCCUUCACAUCUUCAUCGGGCCAGCGGAUAGUCACGGAUGGCCUCAAAUCCGAUCAUAGACUGAAUCUUAAUGUCAGUCGGUCAGAAUACACCGCUCUUCAUGCUUUACAAAAGGAGUGAAUAAGCUCGCUUAGAGCAAGCAUGAGCUGCAUUGCUACGUC